AUGAGAACAAUACACGCCGGCCUGGCCAUCCUGUCGUCAGGCCUGGCGGCUGUGGCAUUCGCCGAGGCCCUGCCGCCCGAAGACAUUCCUGUCCAAUGCGCGCGAAUGUGCGGCCCCAUGGUCGAGCUCACCUCUCAAUGCACCCCGCGCCGGGCCACGCGGCGUUCGAACCUCGAUGAGGACUCCGUGGCUGAUGGAAAAGACGUCGAGCCUGGAGUGCCCGAGAGGCAGGAUCGGAGACGAGGGGCUGUUGAGGGAGAAUACGUCGAUGCUGGUGGCGACCUCGAGAAGAGGAAGUUCCUGGUCAUCGUGGCCGUUCCCAAAAAGCCUGGCCCUGGGCAGCCUACGACCAUUACGACGACGACGCCCCAGAGCCCUGCCGACGAGGGUGGCCAGAGGGGUGUCGCCGCGAACUCGAUGCCGGUGGGCGCCGAGGAGAAGUGCGUGUGCUUGAACAAAAGUUUCAACGUGUCGGAGGUGGCGGCACUCUGCGCCAGCUGCAUCAUGCGGUCGGGCGAUGACAUGAACAACCUAAAUGUCAUCAUGUCGACCUGCAACUUCACGUCCCUCCAGUACGUGGACGGAAACGAGAACAUUGUGGAGAACAUUCGCGUUUCGGCGACGCGUCCCACGGUGGUAGGGAGCCAGAACGGCGUGGUAAGCCGGGCGCCGCAAACGGCGAGCCUGGGCGCUAGCUCAGCCUUGUACUUGGUGAUGGCCGCCGCCAUCCUCAUCUGA